CAGCGCGUUAGGUAAGAGGGUAGACAAAACAGUUCUGUCGAGUUUGUUACCUUAAGUCUUCAAAUUACUGCAUUGUUUCUGGUCUCUUCUCCGAAUUGUUUUCACAAAGAAAUACGGCUUUUGCUCAACGUUAGGGUAUUCUGGGGUGCAAUGGACGACAGCAACGGUGUGAAGCUCUUUGUUGGGAAUCUGGAUUCGGACACAACUCAAGAUGACCUAAUAGGGCUUUUUGCCUCUUACGGAGAAGUGGUGAACAUAACUGUACUGAGGCAGUUUGCCUUUGUCCAUCUGCAGGGAGAAGGGGCUGCUGACCGUGCCAUCCGCGAUCUGAAUGGUCUAGAGUACCACGGCCGGAAUCUUGUAGUUGAGGAAUCCAAAGGGAGGCCCCUCAAUUCCAUCAAAGUAUUUGUGGGGAACCUGUGUGCUUCCUGUACAACUGAAAAUCUUUUUGAUCUCUUCUCACCUUACGGCAAAGUUCUUGAUUGCGAAAAAGUAAAGACUAAGCCCUCCUCUUUAGUAGGCUACUCCUUUGUGUACAUGGAGCGCAAAGAGGACGCAGAACAAGCCAUUGAGGGUGUUCACGGGACCUUAUUUAUGGGCCGUCCACUCGCAGUGGAGCUCUCAAAGGCACAGCUGACCACAAACAAGGUCCCAUGUGCCAGCUGCGGUGCACACGGCCAUUUUGCAGGUGAAUGUCCGAUCAACAGGCCUCCCAUUGAACACCACCAGAGUCAAGCAGCUGUUUUAGCUGCUGCUGCGGCCGCUGCUGCUGGGCUUCCCCUUCAGGUUCAACAGAGUGUCCACAACUCUUUUUACAACACGGCAAGCAGUGACCCUACGUUUGCAGCUCUAAAAGACUUGACCACUUCCAGGGUUGAUGGCAAACCCGUUAGUGCUGCAGUCUACGGGGCUCUGGCAAGUCAAGUUUAUGGUGCUGUUGCAAACCAGGUGCUUAAUUCAGUGAAGAGCCAGGCUGCGGAUGGCUACCCCACUGAAGCAGAGGUGCCAUCAGGUGCCGCUUCUGUUAACCCAGCCUAUGGAGUAAAUUCCUCUGCGUAUAGUGCCAGUCCAGCUUAUGGGACCAUGGAAGGAACAGAGCCUGACUCCCAAGCCAUCUUUGAAGCUGCCCGGGCUCGAUUCUUUGAGCAGGGGCAACAAGUGCUGGCGGAACAGCAGGCUGUGACCAAAUCUGACAGAGACCGAAGCCCAAUACGCCGCUCAGCCCCAUUACUGCCUGACCCAGUUCCCCAGCCAUUCUCCCAGACACGACCCAAACGGCGGGCCCUUCUUCCAACACCACCUGGUGGACCAGAAAUUCCUGCAGUUAAAAAUGGAGACCCGAUUGCAAGGUGCUAUGCAGAGUACUAUCAACAGUACCAGCAGUUCCAACAGUACCAACAAUACCAGCAGUACCAACAGUAUCAGCAAUACCAGUACAGCUACCCACCACCACCACCACCUCCUCCGAUGCCCAUGAUGCCUCCAACCACAAUGGAUGUACAACAGCUUGCCGCCCCUGGCACUGCUGCUUCACCAAGAGUAAUGCCCCUCAGGCAGUCUUCAGUCUUUCAUUCCAAAGAAAUAUGGUGGGGUACACACACAAAACUCACUUGGCACAUGCAGUCCAUACUUUCACCACUCUCUGUGACAACUGUAACAUUUGAGUUCAUCUAUUUAGUUGAAUCUCACAGGCAAACAUUCACUGUAGUGUUAUUGUUCUCAAUAUUAUGUAAAACAGAGUGGAGAUGGAAAGGUGGUGGUGUAGCUUCUUUCAGCACACCAGGGCUCCACACAAAUUAUUCUACACAGUAAAUAUAUUAUAUCUGUUGUGUAUUAUUGUAAAUAGUGCAUGUCUCUUGUUAUUCUUACUGCUGUUCCAGCCACAUUCUCCCUUUUCGCUAACUACAGCUAAAAUGGCUCCCGGGCCUCAGGACAUCAAGUUGAGCAUGACGGGGGAAGAGAAUUAGCGCCCCACAAUGCCUCGGACGCGCUCCCCGCUAAGGUAAAGCCCUUUGCCCCCCACCACGCCUGCACCUCGAUCAUACACUUCCCCUCAAUGAUCCUAGCACAGUUGCUAGAGAAGCUCAGAUUAGGCCCACAUCCAGUUUAUACUGACAAUAAGGGCAACACAUAGUGGGGAUGGUUCUUCUUGCCAUGUGGUAGGGCCUACUGAGGGGAAAUUGUGUCUUAACGGCUAAAAAAUUUUGUACAAUUAGCUCAUUCAGCUUGGGUACCAAAAAUGCUCAUGGUUUGGUAUCUUGUCUGUUAGUGGAAUCACUUUUAAAACUUCACUCAUUACAUUUUUUAGAAAACCAAUACAAUCCUUUUGAUGACCUACUAGUAGAUCAGCGUUUCCCAACCCUGGCCUUGGAAUACUGCCAACACUACACAUUUUGGAUGUCUUCCAAAUGUAACACUGCUGAUUCAACUCAGUUUGUUAGUUGAGGCUCCAAGACUUGAUUUGGGUGUGUUAAAAUGUGCAGUGUUGGGGUACUCUUAGACCAGGGUUGGGGAAACACUAUAGAAGUGUGUUGGGGAUCUUCUUGGAAACUGUAGUUUCCCAAGCUACUCCUAACUUAUAGAUAAACUACUGUCAAGCUACUCUUUAAAAGUAGUCAGCUACACUUUGAGUUUCUGACAAAUUAGCUAACUACGUUGUAGCUGUUUAACAAAGAAAAAUAUUUUAAAAUAAUAUAUAAUCAGAUGAUAUUUAAUUCUGCAGUAAGAAUUUCUGAUUGCAGAAUUAAAUACCACGCAGCAUUAAACAACUAGGUUAACAUCAUUAAAUUGAACAUUGAACAAACUAAAAAAACUAAUUAUUUUAUGUAAUGCAGUGAUUAACCACAAAGUCGCUUUAAUAAUGAAAUGUAGUUUCCAAACGCAUCUUGCUAAACACAAGUGAAUUGUUUACCUUGAAUUCGUUCAUCUACAUAAACUAAAAGAACCGAUUGCCUUGGAUGAUUUGGAUUUUCCAGCACUACUAAUGAGAGCGAGGACAGUUGAGGUGAGUGCGCUUGAUCACUCCCUUUGCUCCAUUGAUGCGUGGACAACACAGUGAGCGUGUUUACAUGCACAGUAAUACACUGAUCACCAUAAAAAAUCAGCUAAAAAAAAAAAAAGAACGUAAGAAACCAGUUAAGGAGCAGUCACACUCCAUUUCACACUCCAUUCAGAUGCGUCCGAAUGCGGGAGACAGGAAACGCAUACUCAUGCGAAGAAAUUUUGUACUAUGCCACAGAGGAAAGUUCAAGUUUGGCAAACUCUGACCUUUGAAUCUGGAUAGGAUGUGUGAGCAAUAGAAGAUUGAAUCAUCACAUUGAUGCACACUAUUUAAGACCUUACCCCGAUAAAGGCGUCUACAUGACCACACUUGUUGGAUUAUUAAGCAUAAUUGGUGUAAGAUAGUAUGUAAACACGCACAGUGUGACAAAUGUGGCGUUUUGUGAUGCUACACCACUACUCGUUGAAAUAUAGCUGAGCUUCUGUCAUGCAACUCAAAAAAAUGUAAAGUUAUUUGAGUUAGUACUUGUAGUUAGUUACUUCCCAACACUGAUCAUCAGUUACUAAAAACAUGUUAUUUUGGCAUCACAAAAUGGCAUCAAGGUGUGCAGAAAAUAAAUUUCCAUUUGAAGCAAUAAGAGGGAACAAUCCAGAUUAGAUCAUUAAGGAGUUUUUGCCUUGGCUUGUUCUGAGGCAUUUGGUCUUGUUAAAGCACUUCCAGUGAGACGAGGCGGGCACACUUGUUCAAAGCUGAGGUGCUCCAGCUGUGCUUUGAAUACUUAAGAAGGGUGCAGUGCAGUGCUGUCCAAAAGGCCCAAAUCCAAGUAGGGCAGUCAUCUUAGGUGAGUAACCAAUGUGCUGUUGUCCAGCUCAAAUCCACUUCUCAGACCCCAUCACUAGGCCUACUGCCACCAUUUCAGCCUUAUGAGACCAUAGAUCCCACUGCAACCCUUUCUGAUUUCAUUGUCAGCUCUAGAGGGCUUUGCACUCAGAUACAUUGAGGCUCUACAGUUGAAAAUGUCUGUAAAUAAAAAAUCAUAAAUUUUCCUGCCAGAGUUGUUCCUUUGUCCUUUCAUGGCAUGGAUAAUGGAGCUGGAUAAUGGAUAAUUUUAUAAGAUGUGCACAUGUAAAUAAAUCCAGUAAGCUACUUUUUCAAAUUAAUAUAGGGACAAUCUGCUGCAAAAGGUUUGUCAGAAACAUGUAAAGGUAACCUUUUAAGGUAUUCAGCUUCAGAAAGUCCUAAGAGAGUUUCACUACAAACUCUUUCCCUAUCUGUAAUUAUUUUAAUUUUUCUAACUUCUAGUUUAUGUAUUCCUCCAAUCUUCAAAAGAACUUACAUCAAAUCUCAAAUUCACCUUUUAACACUGAAUACUCUUGGCCAUCAUGCAGGUUGUUGUAUUUUUAUUUUCUCUCACACCCUUCCAAGCUGGUACAGACAGUAGACCAUUACUUGUAGAUAAACUAUUAUUGCAAAUAAUUGACACCUGAAAUAUUCAGUGAUUUCGGGAAUUACGUCAGCCAAGUCCAUUGAUUAAAUUUUUUUAAGUAUGUCUGGAUGGGCAGCUUUCAUUUUGGUGUAAUUGUAUCAGAAAUUUCAGAGGGGUGUAAAUCUUUUCUUAAUAUUUACAUAUUGGCUUUAGGCUAUGAUCUUUGUACUUUGUUCCUGUAAAGUUCAAUAAAUUAUGCUGAAAUGG